AUGGAGUACGUUGAUCCGAUUGACUGGAGUCUGUUCAACGGUGACUGCGACGAUACCCGUGUGAUCUGGAUGACUCCAGUUCAUAUGAAUACCCCAUUCGUGCCUGCCGACUACCCAGCGUAUCAAAACAAAAUUGGAAAGGUCGAGGAAGUCAUUGCAAAGUACCUCCCAAAUAUUGCUAAUGACAAUGGAGGAAUUGACUCCGAGAAGUUUCUGUAUCAGCGACUAAUGUACCAGUACAACGGCGGAAACUACAAGGGCCAAGACGCCAACAACGUUGACAAGAGCGCCUACGGGCAGACCAUCUUCCAGUAA